AUGGAUUCAUCGGAACAUGGCUCUACCUCGCCGAAGCAGCCGUUAACUGUCGGCCUCGUCGUUUCAUUCAAGGCUCUAUGGGCCAAGCACGCCGGCCGAGUUUCAAAAAAGCUGAAGCCAAAACAUAAUGAGUUCGGCUCACUUUCCGAUUCUCCGAGAUCCUUGGCGGUGAAAUCUCCGGGACCGAAGCGGCUAUUGACGACGCUUAGCAACAAGGCGAUCAAGUUGGUGAACCGGAAAAAGGCCGGUGAGAAAACCGGGAAGGAAGAGGAGGAGAUCGGAGACGGCGGAGUAUGGCAAAGAGCGAUCCUGAUGGGAGAUAAAUGUCAGCCGCUAGAUUAUUCAGGUGUGAUCUAUUACGAUAGCAAAGGAAAUCAAGUGGAGGAGUUGCCGUUUCGUUCCCCACGUGCUAGUCCGAUGCCUGCUUACCUCACCUCAAAGAAGACUUGCUAUUAG